AUGGCCUACCGUGAUGACUCGGGCGGACAGCCCUUCGGAUACUAUGAUGCCUCUGAGCCCUUUCAUCCGGGCGAUGCUACCAACAAUGCCCCGGCACCUUCGCGAAUGCCGCUUCCCCAGCAGCCCCUCCACCAUCGCGUUUCUGCCAUGACGGUUGAUCCCGACGCGCAUGAAACUCAAUAUGAUUACUCCACUGGUCGGCCUCCUUUGCACGGCCGGGAAUCCAUGGUUUCUCUUGAUUCUUAUGCUGGUGGUCCCGCCAGUCCGGAUCCCCAGUAUGGCGGCAACGAUUACUUGUCCGGGGGCUCGUCGUGGUCGGGUUCAUUUGCCUAUUCCAAUGGAGCUGGAGCAAGCUACGCGCCCGUAUCAGGAUCCAGUGGUCCGCCCUCGCGGCGCCCUUCUCGAGGAAAUCGCAUGCCUAGCUUGAGGCACCCGGCCCAUGACACCAUUGACGAAGAGGAAUAUGACCUCUCACUCCUUUCGACUGCUGCUCCAAUGGGAACCACGCCAAUGAGAACCACCCCAACAGGAAAAUCGUCUCAAUACGCACCCAUUGUCGAGGAGGAAGAUGAUGAUUUCGCCGGAUUCGACCUAACCGCGGCACUAGGCCCCACCACCGCCCAAGAUGCGGACUUUCUCAGAAAGCUCGAGGAAGAGGAGGCCAAGGGAAAGCUGACUGGAGGUCUCGGCAUGGGGUUUCAGCCUGAGGCUAUAGUUCGAGACGCCGAUCUCCUGUCUUCUCCUAUGCAUGGCCAGAAUAACCUGUCGAGAUCGUUCACGCGACGAAACCCCGCCAAGCGCCUGGGGCGCCAUGAGACGAUUCGGCAUAUGGGACAAGACGAAGCCAACCGACGAGGCGAAGUCAUCGAAGUGAUUUUAGAUUCAUCCGCCACCGAUCUGAGCAGUAUGGAGGGACCGAGUACCAUGUCUGUCAACGAUAUGCGGCGCUCAUCGUAUCCUUCCAAGGAGGCUAAGACUGAAAUCUUUUACCCACAACCCAACUGGAAACCUUUGUCGAUGAAGUGGCCAUAUUUGUUGUGGCUGGUCAUACUCUCAAUUCUCUUGGCAGUCACACAGGAGGUGCUAUACCAAAAGUACAAGCACGAUCCCAUAAUAAAGUUCAAGUCGCCUGACGACGUGGAACCGAGUCUGUACUUCAUGGUCAAGUUCUUACCUACCUUAUGUGCCGUCUCGUAUGGCAUCUUCUGGCAAUUUACCGAUUUUGAAGUCCGUCGUUUGGAAGCUUACUAUCAACUAUCAAAGCAGGAGGGCGCUCUGGCCUCCAAGUCAAUCAAUGUUGACUACGUUACGAGUAUCAGUUUCUUCCGACCGUUCCAUGCCCUCAAGCUGGGUCACUAUGCUGUCGCCCUAUCAUCUAUUGCUUCGACGCUGGCCGUCUCCCUGGUCCCGACAUUCGCCGCUGCAUCCGUUGUCCUAAACCCGAGCCGAGCAGAGCGGAUGAAGCACCCGGAACACGACAAGGAAAUCUAUAUCGCGGCAACCUGGUCCCGACUCUUGACCUCCACUCUGGCUCUCUGCGCCGUGCUUAGCUGUUGCCUGUUCUAUGUGCUGCAAAGAAGGCGAUCCGGUCUCCAGGGUGAUGUGAGGGGCAUUGCCGGUCUUGCUUCCAUGGCCGUCGUGGCCCAUAUCUUGAUGGACUUCAAAGACAUGGAUACAGCCAAGCACAAGGAUAUCCACCAUAAACUUAAACGACGCCGUUACAUGCUGCGGAACAACUCUCUUGCACCUUACGAUGGAGGUAGCGCUAAGUUGCAGGAUCGCGAAGAGGAUGAUAGCACUCACCUCUCCGAGAACCCACACCCCCUGGCGCUUCGUGCACUGGGGAGCAUCCCAUUCAUAGUUGGACUGUUUCUCUUUGCCGGUUUCAUCCCGACCUUCCUCUUCACCCAGGCGAGCAGCAUUACUGAACACGCUGCUUGGGCCGUGACAGCGCUGGCCGUUAUUCUUAAGAUGAGUUGGGGAGCCAUGGAGACAGCAGUCCGCGUCAUGGAGCCAUAUUACAUCCUCUCGAAGCGACACGCGCCCUCGAAAACCCUCACACUCGAUUACACGGCUCUUCCGUUCGGAUACAUGCCUAUCCGCGCCCUUAUGAAUGGCCAUAUACUUGUCUUCUUUGUCGGAUUUGGUACUGUGAUGGCCGAGUUUUUGACCAUCAUGGUGACCAGUUUGGCAACUGUGGAAGGACAGGAUUUCAUCAUUAGCUUCGGCACGCAUAGCGACAGUGAAUCGGCAGAAAAACAAAAACUGGUCAACUCCGGCCAGGAGACGGUGCUGUCAUUUUAUAUCUCCCUUGGGCUUACACUCUUCGUGCUGUCCUAUAUGAUGGUCGUGGCAAGCAUCGUCUUCUUCCGACGACGCCAUGCCUUCCUACCUCGACAACCCAACACGAUUGCAUCGAUUCUCGCCUUUAUCCACCAGAGCAAGAUGUUGUACAACUUUGUGGGAACGGCCAAACUCAACAACGCCCAGAUGGUGAAGAAACUAGACGAUGGCAAGACGUACGGUCUGGGUUGGUUUAAGGGCCGUGAUGGACAGACACAUUGUGGUGUGGACCAGGAGGAGCUCACCAGCUCCUACAAACACGGCAUCAACUACAUUGAUGGCACCAAGCCCUGGGAGACCCAAUGGGAUGUGUUGUAG